AUGUCUGCGGGACAAAGUGGCGACUCCAGCCCAGUCCCUCCAGUUCCCAUGGGCCACCCGCUCACCUACCGCUGGGUUUUCUAUCACAUGAUGUUUGACCGUGAACGUUCGUGGGAAGAGUGCCUGAUGCCUGUGGCCACGUUCGACACCGUCGAAGACUUCUGGCGAAUUUACAACCAUAUCCAAAAGCCCUCAUCUCUCCAUCCCGGCUCAGAUUACUACAUUUUCAAAGAGGGCAUUCGUCCUAUGUGGGAGGAUCCGCGGAAUAUCAAUGGCGGGCGCUGGCUCCUGAAUGUGGAGCAAGGCAGCGAAAAGGAAUGCAAUGUCGAUUUCUACUGGCUGGAAACGUUGAUGCUCAUGCUCGGCGAGCAAUUCGAAAGCUACGGCUCCUACGUCUGCGGCGCAGUCGUCAAUGUGCGAAGCAAAGGGGACAAGGUUUCACUGUGGACUUUCGACGCUAUGCGAGACGACGCAAACUUGAAGAUUGGUCGCAUAAUGCAAUCAACACUACAGCUCAACGAUCGACAACGCAUGAAAUAUGAGAAGCAUACCGACACUUCAAAACGCAGCGGAUCUACCGUGAAGCCGCGCAUUGUACUUCAGGGGAAAACCGAAACUGUGAAUGAUGGCCAGCGCACGAAGGGCCAAGAGACUAACGCCUCGACUCCAAGCACCCCAACCUUGGCAAAA